AUGGCUAACCGGAAUUCGCUAGCAGUUCCGACACCCCCGAGUCGAAAAUGUUUGCGCUGUCUCUACACUUCCGACUAUGAAUCCCACAAGGACAGAAACCCUAAGCGAGUGGAUGGAACGCUUGAAUGGUUUCUCCGUCACGAAAAUCUUCUAUGGGUGACGGCAGAUCCGGGAUGCGGAAAAACCAUGCUGGCCGCAUUUCUAGUGGACGAGCUGAGUGUCCACUCGGAACCUCGCGACACCAUUACAACGACAAGGGCGCGAAAUUUACAGAACAAUUCGGUUACGCUGUGGCGCAUCUUCCGGGCAGCAACCACCGACCCGGACUGCGGCAAUGUCAUUUGCAUCAUCGACGCUUUGGAUGAAUGCGAAGAAUCGACUCGAAAGUCCCUCAUCGAUUCUUUAGUCAGCAGCUACACACCAGCGAUCGGCACAGGGCGCAGCACGGGCGAAACGCUUCCAAAAUUCAUCCUCACCACGGAGGAGCAAACACCCGCCAUCAGCGAAGACAUUGAGCGUGUCAUCGAUUCCGAAGUUGAGUUGCUGGGGAAUGUGUGGCACCUCACUGAUGACGACCGGAUAAUUAUCCGAGACAAGCUCAUCCGGGGCGCCGAUCAUACAUUCCUGUGGGUUUCCCUGAUUGUCAAAAUCCUCCACGGUAGUCAAGCAGCUUCGCGGAGGAAAUUCCUUCAAACUCUCAACAGCCUACCGAGUAACCUCGAAAGCGUCUACGAAAAGAUCCUUGAAGAUAUUUGUGACCGCGAAGAGGCCAAACGGAUUCUCCAAAUAGUCGUCGCGGCUACACGACCCCUCACACUCGACGAGAUGGACAUCGCACAAGCGAUUCAGCGGGAUCACAAAUCAAUCGAGGACCUCCAGCCGUGCCGCCUGUACUCCUUCGAAAGCACGGUGAAGAACACAUGCGGACUUUUCGUGAAGGUCAUAGACUCGAAGAUCUACCUUAUCCACCAAACGGCGAAGGAGUUCCUGAUCAAGGGCACAGCUACCGCCACAUCUGCUACGGAAAUUACCACGUGGAAGCAAUCACUUUGUCCUAUCGAAUCAAACCUCACCCUCGCGAAGAGUUGCCUUUAUUUUCUCUUGUUUAAUGUCUUUGAAACCCACCCUCUGGCACUACGAGCGCAGGGAUCGGAUAUAGAUGGCUACACCAUAGGGCAUGUGUUUUUAGAUUAUGCAGCUAAAAAUUGGACGGCUCACGUCCAAGAGGCCAAGAUAUGGGAGGAUGAGAAACUCUCCGCUAUUGCGUUGAAGGUUUACACGAUUUACAUGGCGAGCAACUUAGCAUCAUAUAUUGAACAGGGAGAAGACGUCAACAGUGGCCGUAGCCUAUACAACAAUGCUUUGAAUGUGGCUGUUCGAAAGCGAAAUAGGAAUGUGAUCAUGUUGCUGCUCAACAGAGGAGCCAUUGUCUUUCUAUUCGGAAGUGAAUAUUGGAACCUUUUAGAGGUUAACAGAUGUCUUUCCCUUUCCAUGACUGAAACCAGAGCUAAUAGUUUGCUUAUAUCGUGCCAUAGUCUGUAA